AAGCUCAGUAGAAGUAAAGUGUAACAGGUCCUGUUUCUUAAUCUGUUCAUCCCUUUAGUCUUCUCCGCCGGAGGCAAUGCUAGGGUUUCAGUCUACUACGGCGCCGAUUGAUUGCUUUUACAGUUUCGAACGUUUCAUACUUCUUCUUCCUCCUGGUCCAGAAAUCAUUCGGUUACUGACUCAUUGCUAUUAAAUUCUUUCUUAACUCCAUCGUCACGAUCUAUCUUCAAUGCCACCUCUGCUCUUCGAAGGCGGUGGAGGUUCGACUAUAAAAAGUCCGGUAGAUGUUCUUCCACGGCUGAGGUUAGGUUAUUGUGUUCAGUGAUGCAACCUCCUUGAAGGUGUUGACUGAACCGAGUUCCCCGCUGCCUGAAGAAUGUUUCUGUUUUCGUAGUCGGAGUGAAAUGCUUGCUCUAGCAAACACCAGCUCUCAACUCUCGGACAUCAUUGGGGAGAUCACAGCGGUUAAGAGUUCCGUCAGUGACCUUCCGGGAGACAAAAAUCACUUGACGGCGACGCACAGACUCAUCCUUCACAUGUGUGCACUGCGACAAUACAUAUGCGGUUGGUACUCUCCGGUAUGUAACACACUGUAUUAUAUAGAUUAUGUUUCACCCUCACACGGAUACUUAACAGAGUUUAUCAAUUUCCCUGCAUCCGUUGAUAAUGGAGACAACGUGAAAAAGGGGGACGACAUACCAGUUGACAACACGGUUCCUGCUGAGGUUAAAACCGGGGGUAGCAGUCAGCAGGCAGCACCGGAUGCAACAGCAGUCCCAAAUGGUAAAGAACCACAGGAGCCUUCAGCCAAAGCAGCUCGCUUAAUGAUUUGGCAACAGAGUUACUUUAUCUCAAAAAAAUGCUUUUGCAUCAAUGUUGGUUUUGUUUUAAAUUAAGGAUGUUGUGUCUGCUUCUGGUUUUUUAUCUUCCUGAACAAUCUUUAUUUUCUGAAUUUCCUAUAAAAUUUAUGUUUGGUUCAAAGGUUUGUACGAUUAGUUUGAGUUUAUGCUAACCAUUAAUGUUUUCCUCGAA